UGUAAUUCACGCGGCCGGCCUUCACAGAUUCGCACGAGGAAUCUUGUUGUCGACUUUUAAAGGGCAUUUAACGGCGCUCAAAGCAACGCUAAACCACUCAUUUAUGUUUUGGAUAUUUCGUUUUUAAACGACCUGGUGGGAAAUGGCCACUUUUGAGUCUCUCGGGCUGUGUGAGUGGUUGAUCCAGCAGUGUAAGCAGAUGGGAAUCAGCCGACCGACCCCGGUUCAGGAGAAAUGCAUCCCUGCCAUAUUAGAGGGUCGGGAUUGCAUGGGCUGUGCAAAAACGGGAAGUGGUAAAACGGCAGCAUUUGUUCUUCCAGUGCUGCAGAAGUUGUCUGAGGACCCUUAUGGAGUUUUCUGCUUGGUGUUAACACCCACAAGGGAGCUUGCUUACCAGAUCGCAGAACAGUUCCGAGCAUUAGGGAAGCCAAUGGGCCUGAAGGACUGUAUCAUUGUGGGAGGAAUGGACAUGGUCACUCAGGGCUUGGAGUUGUCGAAAAAGCCACAUGUUGUUGUGGCCACACCGGGACGACUUGCUGAUCAUAUCCGAAGCUCUGACACAAUUAGCCUGAACAGAAUCCAAUUUCUAAUCCUGGAUGAAGCUGACCGACUCUUAGAGCAGGGCUGCACAGAUUUCACUAAAGAUCUAGAGGUCAUUCUCAGUGCUGUGCCUGCAAAACGUCAGACACUGCUGUUCAGCGCCACGCUCACGGACACGCUGCAACAGCUGCAGAGCAUCGCCAUGAACAGGCCCUUCUUCUGGGAACACAAAUCAGACGUGCAGACGGUUGAAGAAUUGGAUCAGAGAUUUAUCCUCACUCCUGAGAAAGUCAAAGAUGCUUACCUGGUCCAUCUCAUCCAAAAGUUCCAGGAUGAACACGAUGAUUGGUCUAUCAUGAUAUUCACCAACACGUGCAAGAACUGUCAGAUACUCACAAUGAUGCUGCGUGAAUUCAAUUUCCCAACCAUCUCCCUGCACUCAAUGAUGAAGCAGAGACAGCGUUUUGCCAACCUUGCAAAGUUCAAGUCUAACGUAUUUAAAAUUCUCAUAGCCACAGAUGUUGCUGCAAGGGGUUUGGAUAUUCCUACAGUGCAAGUUGUUAUUAAUCACAACACACCCGGUUUGCCAAAAAUCUACAUCCACAGAGUGGGACGAACCGCUCGAGCCGGCCGAAAUGGUGUAGCAAUCACACUAGUGACACAGUAUGACAUCCAUCUGAUCAGUGCCAUUGAGGAACAGAUCCAGGCGAAGCUGAGUGAGUUUCCUGUUGAAGAAAAAGAGGUGUUGAAGACCCUCACGCAAGUCAAUGUAACAAGACGACAGUGUGAAAUUAGACUGGAAUCCACUGAUUUUGACGAGAAAAAGAAGAUAAACAAAAGAAAGCAAAUGAUUCUGGAUGGGAAAGAUCCAGAUUUGGAAGAAAAAAGAAAACAAGAACAAGAGAAGAUCAGAAGACAAAAGAAGAAACAGAAUAGAAAAAAGGAGGCGAAAAAACACAGUGCAAAACCGAUGGCAGUGGAUUCUUGAAGUGUUGAUAUUGUAACAUUAAGAUGUGCGUAUAUAUAGCGUAAAAGUGCCAUAAUCCAAUGUAUAAAAUAAUAUGUAAUCAGUAUUCCAAAAUAAACUGCAUUUUAUGAGCGA